AAGCCUUCGAUAAAUGUAUGUGAAAUGACUUUCAUGCUUAUGUGAUUCUUUAACUAAUAUUAUUUAAAUAUAUAUAUAUUUUAUUCUGUUUACCUGUAAUAAGCCUUCUGCAUGUUGUAGAUUAUGCUUUGUAUGUUUGUUUACAUUUCACUUGGCACCUUUUUAAGGCUUUUCCUUCGUUGGAAUUGUUGAACCUGAAAAUAACUUAUAAGAUGAUGAGCUCUAAUAUCUCUUUGCCUAACGAAAUUUGCUAUAAAAUAAUCUCAUACAUGGACGUGCCCGACCUGUACAAUUGUCUAACGGUGAAUUCUGUAUGGUGUCGCUUUAUUUUGCCAUUUCUAUGGGAGAAGUUAGUCUUUAAAACAUUACCAGAAUUUCAAACCUUUUCAAAAGCUCUUCAAACAUUCAAAAACGCUGAAAAUUACUGUAUGCACUCCCGAAAGCUAAAUCUCUCGUAUGUGAGCAACUUCGUUACAGAUGGGCAUUUAUCGUUAUUGUCAGGAGCAAGAAAUCUUUUAAGGAUAAAUUUGUCUGGCUGUACUAGAUUAACUGAUGACAUGAUUAGUUCUAUACUUUUAAACAAUCUAGACAUCUUGGUAUUGGAUUUGAGUGGGAUACCAAAACUAUCAACGAAAACUAUGUUAGAUGCUCUACCAAAGCUGAAAAAGUUAAAAGCAUUGUCACUUUCUCGAUGUGCUCUUCUGGAUGACUCGCAAUUGAAAGAGACAUUGGUGCAAUGCAAGCACUUAAAAAAACUCAAAUUAAAUGAUUGCACAUCCUUAACGGAAAAAUCUUUGCAAACGCUGAGUGAAUAUGGUGACCUAAUAGAGUUGGACAUCAGUGGUUGCAGAAACAUGAAGGAUCCAUCCGUGCUAAUUAAAGCCCUUAUGAAGCAGAAAAAUUUGAAAGAGUUGAAUAUGUCAGGGUGCUUUUAUCUUACUGACUUCAUGGAUUACUAUACUUCCCCUUCGAAAUUCUGUUCCUUGAGGAGUCUUAAUUUAACUGGUCUUUCUGAACUUUCAGACAAUCAUGUUCUCAAGCUUUGUGAAUGUUUCCCAAGACUGCAAACUCUGUACUUGACUAAAUGCAUUCAACUCACAGACACGGCCUUGGCAGGAAUCUCAAAUUUGAAAACAUAUCUUACCUCAUUACAUCUCGGGCAUUGUUAUGAAGUAACCGAUCUAGGGAUUAUAAGCGUUUUGAAAUCAUGCAAAAACCUCGCAUACGUUGAUUUUGGAGGCUGUUUUCGGUUAACUGACAGCUCUGUUGCUGAAAUAGCUAAACUUCCUCGCCUACAAAGAGUUGGUCUGGUCAAGUGCAUAUUCUUAACUGACAUUUCAAUAAUCCAUCUCUCUAACUGUAGCUCAAAGUUUCUAGAACGCAUCCAUCUUUCCUACUGUACUGGUUUAACACCAAAGUCGAUUAGUUAUUUAAUGCUCAAUUGUAAAAACCUUAAACAUUUGAGCGUUACUGGUAUAAGUUCGAUUUUAUGUACCGAGCUUCGAGCCUUUUCUCGACCUAUUCCCAAAGAAAUUAAUCCAUCUCAGGUUCCAAUCUUCUGUGCGUUUACAAGGGAGGAGAUUGACUUGUUUAGAAACUAUAUAAAUCAAAAAAUUAUUUAAUUACGAACUCAUUUUCAACUAUAUUUUAAGAUGUCUGAUUUCUCUCGACUUUCGUACUCGUGCUUGAUGCUGAUAUCGUAAUGUUUUAUGGAUUCUACUCGUAAUUGAACCCUACUUGCAAUCUUUAUUACUUGUUGUCCUUGACUAUUAUUUCACUUAAAUUUAUUAUAAAAGGGCAUUAACUUCUAUUGUACAACUUAUGUUAUAAUUAUAAACAUGAAAAUAACUAAUUUAAAUAAGAGGCA